AUGAAUGAAACUACAGACAAACUUAACUCUUCUCUCAUUCUUCCUUUCAGUAAGGACUAUGAGUUCUGUUCAAAUGGUGUUUAUUUCUAUUGUGGAAAGAUGGGUUCAGGUAAGACAUUUAACCUCAUUCGUCAUAUACUCAUAACAGAACGUUUAGGAAAUGACUCAUAUUAUGACCAAAUCAUUAUAUCAGCAACUUCAGACUCUAUGGACUCAACAGCGAAAACAUUUAUGUCAAAAGUUCAAGCCUCUGUCGUUAAAGUUCCAGACAGUGAACUCAUUGAAUUUCUUCAACGUUACAUUCGACGUAAGAGGAAAUAUUAUGCCAUCGUUGAAUUUAUACAGUCAGGAAUGCAAAAGACUUCUGAGGAGAUGGAAAGAAUUAUUGACAAACACCACUUACGUCAGUACUCAGGAGUUUACGAUAUGAAACGACUUACAAACUACAUUCUGUCAAAACUUUCAAAAUACCCCUUCAAAAAGUAUCCUUCAAACACUCUGCUCGUUUGCGACGACUUCGCUGGUAAAGGUUUAGUUUCAAAACCAGACUCACCAUUAGCUAACAUCAUUACUAAA